GGACCGAAGGUGCAUCGGUUGAUUUCAUAUCAAGUUUGGUUAAAGCAGGGGUGAACAUCACACACUCGGCGCCCUCUGAAGCUUCCCACAAUGCUUUUAUGAACGAGAUAUCACAGCACCGAGACGCGCACACAGCCAGUGUAGUAGAGGAGGACGCAGCGACCGUUUGCACCGGCUCUACGAGUAGAAUCUGCAAGUGCUAACCGUGCAUGUCAACUUACUAAAGACGUCUCCUGCAUAGAAUCUCCCUUUUUUUCCUCUCUGCGGAGACGACAAUCUUUGGAUCGCACAAAUCCAUGGAUGUUCUUGGAUAAUCUCGUCUCGUUUUACGCGGAUAGCUGCUCCACAGUCUUGCAUGGUGCACAUCGGUCCAGGAAUGGCGCGAUAAAGUGAUCAGAGGAACCAGUCCAAGUACAUUCACUUUUUGUGUAUCCGUCUCGUCAUGUAUUCUCCGAUUUGUCUUACUCAGGAUGAAUUUCAUCCCUUCAUCGAGGCACUUCUUCCUCACGUCCGUGCCAUUGCCUACACGUGGUUCAACCUCCAGGCCAGAAAACGCAAGUACUUCAAGAAGCACGAGAAGCGGAUGUCCAAGGACGAGGAGCGCGCGGUGAAGGACGAGCUUCUGAGCGAGAAGCCCGAGGUUAAGCAGAAAUGGGCAUCCAGGCUGCUGGCCAAGCUGCGUAAGGACAUUCGGCAGGAGUACCGGGAGGACUUUGUCCUCAGCGUGACGGGCAAGAAGCACCCGUGCUGUGUGCUAUCCAACCCGGACCAGAAGGGCAAGAUCCGCCGGAUCGACUGUUUGAGGCAGGCCGACAAAGUUUGGCGUCUGGACCUGGUGAUGGUCAUCCUUUUCAAAGGCAUCCCUCUGGAAAGUACAGACGGGGAACGCCUUGUCAAGUCUCAACAUUGCACCAACCCAGCACUUUGUGUCCAGCCACACCACAUAACAGUAUCGGUCAAGGAGCUGGACUUGUUUCUAGCAUACUAUGUCCAGGACCAAGACUCGCAGCAGUCAGGAAGUCCCAGUAACAAUGAGCCAGGCAAGAACCCUCUUCCAGUGUACUUGGAAGACAGCUUCAUUAAAUCAGGAGUCUUCAGUGUUACAGAACUGGUGCGAGUGUCCAGAAUGCCCAUCACCCACGGUGCUGCGGUAAACUUCUCCAUGGCCGACAUGCCCAGCCAACCCUACUAUCAUGACCUGAACUCCAGCGUGGGGCUUCAUCGCUCCCUGUCCUCCCCUCCUGGCAGCAAAAGGCCCAAAACAGUCAACAUGGAGGAGAACAUGGACACCAGCCCGACAGGACCUGACUUCUACUCGUCACCCAGCUCGCCAGCCAGCAGUCGGGCAAACUGGCACGAUAGAGACGGAGCAGACAUGUCCUCUCCUACCAUGAAGAAGCCAGAGAAGCCGCUGUUCAGCCCCACCUCCCCACAGGACUCGUCACCCCGACUCAGCACUUUCUCUCAGCCUCAUCACCCAGGCCUAACAGGUGUAGGACACAGUGUUAUAUCGACGAGGAGCCCCCCUCCACACUCGCCCCUGCAGUUCUCGGCCUCUGCUAUCUUGCCCCCAGCGCCGUCGCCCUACUUCUCGCACACCACCAUCCGCUACCCGCCCCACCUCAACCCAGCUGAUCCCCUCAAGAGCUACGUGCCGUCAUACGACCCGUCCAGCCCACAGAGCAGCCAGCCUAACAGCAGUGGCCAGGUGGUAGGAAAGGUCCCAGGCCACUUCACCCCAGUUCUGGCCCCCUCCCCGCACCACGGCACUGUGCGACCCGUCUCGCUCUCCAUGCCAGACACCAAGCCCAUCACCACAUCCACAGAAGGCUACUCAGCCCCUGGCACCCCGACGGCUAACCGCUUUGUAGGCCUGAGCCCAAGAGAUCCCGCCUUCCUCCACCAGCAACAGCUGAGGAAGUGUGACUGGAGCGUGACUCAAAACGGCAGGCAUUAUGGCCCCAGUGCCACUGACGACACUUUGGGGAUUACUUGGCAAAGUCCUGGUACCUGGGCGAGCUUAGUUCCAUUCCAAGUGUCGAACGGGACUCCGAUUCUGCCAACAAAUGUCCACCAGAACUACAGCAUAAACAUCAUUGGUGAGCCCCUGGUCCCCGCGGAGACAGGGAACUGAACACACAGAGGCCGGAUGACCCCCGGGGUGGAUGCGUGGGUGGGGGGUGUUGGUGGUGCACAGCUUAGCACUACAGGUGUCCACAGCCAUGGAUGAAACCAGCAAAGCAGCGUGAGCUGCACAAUCGUCCCCUAAUUCCCAGUCUCGCCCCUUCCAUAUCUCU